CAUUUUGGUGUGAAGUUUCAUGUGCAACGAACGGUAACCUGUAGCAGCAGCAGCAUCAAAGACAGUAAUAGCAACAAUGUGGAAGCUAAGCGUGCUGGUUACGCUGGCAGUCGUCGGCAGUGUGGUCAGUGUGGACAACAUUGACAUCGACAUCAAGGUCGACUCGGACUCGAAGCUGUACCAUCAGGGCAAGACGGCGGAAGGCUCGUUCAACUAUGGUUACAAUGUGCCCCGCCAGAACAACAAUCAGUUCCAGCACAAGGUGAAGGGCCCGGAUGAUGUGACAUAUGGUUGCUAUGGGUUCGUUGAUCCCAAGAAUGGAGCCCAUUUGUACCACUACGUGUCAGAUUUGAAGGGAUACCGAGUAGUGGCACCGUACAAGCCGACUACCGUGUACUCCGCGCGCGUCGCCAACAGUGUUGCCGAUAUCUACGACGCCGUGGGCAUCAAGUACGAUUGGGAGAAGCUGUACUUCCCGGACGUGUGCCGGCUGCUGCAGCGAAGCAAGGACGAGCGCAACGAUCUAUCGAUCCCACCGGAUGUGAUCAUUAACGAUGAUGGUUCGGUGUCUCGAGUGCCACCCCCUCCACCACCACCACCAUCCAAGCCGACGACCCGUGCGCCUCCACCGACUACGACAACGAGACGCCCAGCACCGACCACGACCACACCCCGACCGACACCCCGACCGACACCACGUGCCAAUCCACCGACGCAACCACCGACUCCGCGCCGUACCACUCCGGCCCCUAGACCACCACCACCUCCACCACCACCACGAACAACUCCGAGACAAGUGGUGACGAGACCGCCGGUCACUAGACCACCGAUCCCGGUAGAACCGCCACGAACAAACCCGCCACCACCACCACCACCACCAACUACUAGACGUCCACCACCGCCACCACCCACAACUACACGACGACCAGCGCCACCACCAACUACCAGACCACCUCCACCACCACCGCGACCGGUUACAAGAGCACCACCACCACCAGCCCCUCGAGUCACACCCAAACCGACCCCUCAGCCACCGAAGAACAAUGGCAACAAGUUCGUUAGUAACCGUGAUAACUUCAUCGGACAGGAAACCGGACCAACCAACCAGAUCGCAAAGCCACAGCCGGAUCUAGAGGCGGUCAGCUACGAGAUCCACGAGCUGCGAACGUUGGUGCAGAAUCUGCUGAAGCAGCUGAACCGCAACGGACCGGAUUGUGACGAUGACGGUAAGUCGCUGGGACCGGUCGAUCCGAACGCGAAGCACGUCUUCCUGCCGCUCGUCAUCGUCGAGCAACUGCCGGGUGUCAAAUCGGGUGCAGGAGGAGCUGGUGCUGGCGGUGUUGCCCUUCCGCCGGGAAGCCAGUUCGCUAUCCCGUCGGUCGGUUACGGUGUGUCGCGGUGUAACAACUGUGGUUGA